UAUACAUCUAUAUAAAUAGUAAUAGAUAUAAAUAAUCGAAGACAAUCGCCUAUCAGUUGGAAAAGUGAAUCAUGGGUGCCGUACAGCCAGGAGCAGUUGUGACAAUUGAACACACUUGGGUGCACUCGACUCCAUAUGCCGCACUGCCUCCGUACGCUGUCGUUGGUGGCCACGACGCCGAUGGCACGCCCAUCUAUGUGGGCCGCUCGUUCCACGAGGGCGAGAACCUGCCCGCCAAGGUCAUACCGAGCAAAGGUUGCGCCUAUGUCGCCUACGGCGGCACCGAACACAAGAAGACCCACUACGAGGUGCUCGUCGGCCAGGGCUUCGCCUGGGUGGGCAGCGCCAGCGGCGGUGUGCCACCGAAUGCGGUGAGAAGCGGCACCACUCGCAGCGGCGAGCCACUCUAUGUGGGCCGUGGCCACUAUGCGAACUCGUUGUGCGUGGGCAAGGUGCAUCCGUCGCACGGCUGCCUCUACAUACCGUUUGGUGGCCAGGAGGUGCGCAUCAACACCUACGAGGUGCUCAUCCACCAGCCGCAGGAUGUCUGGGUGCCGGCCUCGGCUAGCUAUACACCACCGGGCGCUGUCAUUGCCGGCCACGACUCGGACCGUACGCCCAUCUAUGCGGGUCGCGCCAUGCACGAGGGUGAGAUGCUGCCCGCCAAGGUAGUGCCCAGCAAGGGCACCGCCUACGUCUGCUUCGGCGGCUACGAGUUCCAGAAGCCCACCUACGAGGUGCUCACCGGCUACGGUUACUCAUGGAUCAGGAGUCCCCACAGCAUACCGCCAAAUGCCGUUAGCACCGGACGCGCCCGCAACGGCGAACCCAUCUACUAUGGCCGCGGACACUACCAGGGCAGCCUGACACCGGGUCUGAUCUCCUCGCGACAGCGCUGCCUCUACAUACCCUAUGGUGGACGUGAAAUACGAAUCGAUUCGUAUGAGGUGCUAUGCAGGCAAUAGGCGAUAUAUAUAUUCGAUAUAUAUGGCUAUAUAUAUUUGAAUUUGCUUAAUCAUUUUUAUAGACUUUAAGUCGUACUUUUGCUUAUUCCAGAUUUUGUAUAAUUUAAUAAAGAGUGCGACUGCUUAAAUAACACUUUA